AUGAGUAUCGAUCACUUAUUGGGAUCGCUACAAGCAUAUGAGGAGAAACAAAAGAAGAAACAGGAAAUUGUGGAGCAACUUUUAAAGUUGCAAGUGAGCCCAAAGGAGAAAGAAGAAAGUUCGGGCAGUGGUGGUGGUCGACAAGGAAGAGGCCGCGGACAAAGACAAGAGCGCGGUCGUGGCCGAGGAUAUGCUCGUGGACGUGGACGAGGAUAUUUUUCGAACAAUGAAGAAAGAAAGGAGUUCCCAAAUAAGGGACGAGGAAGGAGUUCCCCACAGUCGAGGUACGAUAAAUCUUCAAUAAAGUGUUACAAUUGUCAUAGAUAUGGGCACUAUGCUUCCGAGUGCAGAGAUGCAAAAUCAAAAGUUGAAGAGAAGGCUAAUUACAUGGAGAAUACGAAUGAAGAAAAUGGUUGUGUCCUUUUAGCUUAUAAAGGAGAAGCUGGGAGAAAAGAUGAUACGUGGUACCUCGACACAGGAGCGAGCAAUCAUAUGUGCGGGAACAGAAGCAUGUUCGUGGAGCUUGAUGAAUCAGUAAGUGGUAACGUCUCCUUUGGUGAUGAAUCUAAAAUUCCAGUUAAAGGGAAAGGCAAAAUACUAAUUCGUCUGAAGCAUGGAGCUCGUGAUUUUAUUUCUAACGUAUAUUACGUGCCCAAUAUGAAAAAUAAUAUUUUGAGUCUUGGACAACUCUUAGAGAAAGGUUAUAAUAUUCAUAUGAAGUGUCUUCAAGUAUGCUACAAAGAUAAGUCUUGGUUGUGGCACCUUCGAUUUGGGCACCUGAAUUUUGGUAGCUUAAAUUGCUAUCAAAUAAAGAAAUGGUACGAGGAUUACCUCCCAUCAAGCAUCCCGAUCAACUCUGUGAAGGAUGCUUACUUGGGAAGCACUUCAGAAAAGCCAUUCCCAAAGGAGUCAAGUUCGAGAGCUCAGAAACCAUUGGAGUUAAUACAUGUAGACGUGUGUGGACCAAUCAAGCCAGCUCCCUCGAAAACAAUGAUUAGCCGAGAUGUGGAGUUCGAUGAAGAAGGAGUAUGGGAUUUCGGCUCGGACAAUGACAUCACUUCCAUACCUCCAUUUGGAGAUCCAAGAAUAGACGAGCAAAUAAGAAAGGAGCAACAAGAACAAACAACUCCACCUGCAUCUCCUGCUACAUCCGUUGAAGGCUCGCCGCCAUCUUUCUUGAACGAAAGAGCCACACAACGCAGCACGAAAUUUGGCUGA